AUGGCGGUUCCCCCCGCCCGGGAUUGGUUCCACUGCAAUCGCUGCUACCGCCAGGAAGGCGCCCGCUUCUCCGUCACCAGCUGCGGGCACGUCCUGUGCGAGGCCUGCCUGGGUGCAGGGCCGUGCCCCAUCUGUGCUGCUGUGUGCCGUCGCUUCCCCAUCCCCGAGCAGCUGGAGGAGGCGCUCUUCUUAAAGAGCCCCGCCGCCAUCGCCCGGCAGCGCUUGGCACACAUCUCUCAGGCCUGGCGCUUCCAGCAGGCACAGGUGGACCUGCUGCUUGCCUCCCACCGUGACGCAGCGCGCCGGGCUGAGGCGGCUCUGCGGGACACCCGGCGGGCGUUGGACUCCAAGCAGAGGGAAGCGGAGGCGCUGCGGAGGGAGAACGGGGAGCUGCGGAGGCACCUGCGGGAGGCUGAGGUCUCCCCUACCUGGCGGUCAAGCAGGAGCAGCACUCCUCGGCCCAUUGGCAUCACUUCCCCAGCUACGACAGUCACCCCACAGCCUCGGCGGCAGCUCAGCGGGCAGGUGGUGAGCCGCUCGGCCUCACUGGAGUUCCCCUCAGCCAGCAGCACCCCGACGUGGCUGGGUGAGCCCCCAAACCUGCUGCACGUGCCGCCUCCUCGCCCAGCUGGCUCCCAAACCACAUCCCUCUGGGCUGCACACUGCACCCCCACCUCUGCAUUCCUGCAGCCCGACCCUUUUAUCCCCGUGCCUGUAGCCCUGCCCCCUGCCCAGAGCCCCUUCACACCCCUGACCCCUGCGCCCACUCCCCAGCUUUGGCUUCCCCACCGUUCUCUUGAUUCCACCCCUUUCCAGCCUUGCCCCUCUCCCCCACAGCCCCAUCUCCAGGCUCCACCCCCAGUCUGGCCCACAGGUGAGUGGUGCAGGGUGGGCUUGGGGAUGCGCUUUCUGGGCACCCGGGAUGUCCCUGUGCCCACUAAAGCCCCCAUCUGCCCAGGGCUUCCCUGCUGGCUUCCCGUACUCCGCUGUGGGGUCCUUUCACCACUCCGCCGCUGCUGCUCCCCGUCCCGCCCGCUGAGCCCCAGCACUUUCUGUCCGCCGGCCUGCAGCCCCGCCGUGGCUGAGCCCACCAUGGCCUGGCCUCGACCAAGCUCGUAUUGCAGCACUGCCGUGUGCGGCUCAAAGAAGCGCCUUCUGGAGUGCUGGUGGCAGCCCUGCAUUGUCCAGCAGCGUGGGAUCAUCGCUGCCAUUUUGGAGUUCUGUGGGAUGUUCUGGGGCUGCCUGAGGGGUUCGCUGCUCCCCCAUGGGGCACCGCACCCCUCCAGGCCUGACUUCCACCUCCUGCUUAGCAUCACCGUGCAGGCCAAGGUAAGCUUGGAGCCAGGGAACCUUGUGGAGACAGAGCCUGGCUGGGGCAAGCCCAAAAACCUAAUGCUGGGGAUGCCAAGGCCCAAUGGAAGCUCCUGUAGGAGCUGUGCCCUGUGUGAAAGGACCUCCUGGAGGGAACCCCAUGGCCCCAUAGAAGCUUCUGCUGAGCAAAUUUUGCUCAUGGGGAUCCUUAGGUCCUAUGGUGGGAACCUAAGGCUAGGUGUAGGACUCAUGGUGGGAACCCACAGCUACAUAAAAGCUUCCAGAGGGCUGAUUUCUGCUUGAAGAGAGGGAUCCAUGGAAGGACCCCAAGGACAUGUAGAGGUGUCAUGGCACACUUAAGGCCAUAGAGGGACGCCCAUGGAGCUGACCCUUACCCACCACAUCCCCUCAGCCCUGUGUCCAGCCCCAGACCCUGCAGUUUGACCAUGGUGUGUUAUCAUGGUGGUGGGAUCAUGGCCACCUGCCCAUAAGGGUGCCCACAUACAGCUGGUGGCCACCAGUCUGCUAUCCUGUUUGUCCCUGCAGGGCUCUACUAUGCAGGCAGUGAGGGCACCCACGUGGCUGGCUGAGCUCUUGUGGUGGGCCUGGGCCCCACCUGCAGCACCCUGGGCUG